ACACGAUAUGUUUAUAAGUACAGUUACCAGUCUAGGCCUCCGUAGAACAGGCGAUUACAAAAUGGCGGCGCCCAUGAGGAGUGUUUUUUCUUACGUUCAAAAAACAGCAACAAGAAUAUGUUGCAACCGAACCAACAUCAACACCAGAUCAUUAGCGACCAGGCUUUCGGCCACUCCAUCCAGGAAUGCGCAUGCCGGACUCUACCAUGAAUCAAGGCCAGAAUUAACGACAGUUCUGUUGAGUCCAGGAAGAUCAUUACUGCAGGCUGGUCCGUUUUCACAAGCGAGGUCCUACUCAUUACUCACAGGCAGCUGUUGUGAUAGGGGGACAUUUAGGACUGGCCUCCUUCAAAGAUUAAUGUUAGCUCCUGGUGCCGCGCUGCCCCAACAGCAUCAGCCCAGUCGGACGGUGGUAAGAUUCAGCAGGAACAAAGGCAAGAAGAAGACAGUCAAGGCCGUCACGGAUCGUUUCUACCGCUUCUCCAACGGUCUGUGGCUACGAACCAUCGCUGGCCGCAACAAGAAGCGCUGGAAGAAAACCCCCGAGCGCAAACGCCGCACCAAGUGGCACGUCUUCUGCAGCAGGAGCCAAUGCAAGAAGCUGGACCUGAUGGUCACCAGCUCCUGGAAGCAGCGACGCUACUACCCGGACGACCCCCUGGAACCCUUCCAGGACCGCAACUACAAGGGCCUGCAUUUUUUCCCCGGGGAUUAUGCGCUGAAGAGAAGAAAGGACUUAUGAGAACUGGAACUGUUUGUCUUUUGAAUUAGAACAGAUAGUAGCUCAAUGCACGUUUGCCCUUUCCUGGUGAAAUUUAAGUUAACUGUGAACCCAUGCUUUACUACAAUCUCCAGAACACUUUGAUGUUUGCUUUAUAAAAUGGAUGCCUAGUGUUUACUGCAUGGACGUUGCUACGGUGUGCGGCCAUGUCACGGAAUGCCAAGCUUAUAAAGCAAACGAGCAUCCUCAAAAUCACUAUUGGAAAUCCUUGCUUAUUGACAAAAAAACAACACGCUCUCAAAAAGUAAUACAUUAUUAACUAUACAUUAAUACAUUAUUAUUAUUAUUUGUAAGCACCGCUGUCUAGAACUUCUGAGGAAAAAAACCCACACAAGAUUACUUAGGUGUGACAGCACGGAGAAUACAAUGCUAUUCAAUUACAUUAAAAUCUACAUUUCCCCAGUGGGUAAUUCCAGCGCUAUGUAAUGUCCGUACCAGAGCUUUUAACCAGUUAAUGUCGAAGGACAUGAUAACGCGCACUGGCUGUUUUUAUACACAGGCACGGCUGACGGGUUACAACGUCAAGAUUGCCUCGACUCGCCUCCGGGUGACAUCUAAACACGCUAAUCCCUCAUGUCUUUUGUACGCACACACAGUCCGUGAAGUCUGUGGAGGUGGACUGUUUGUUAAUCUCGAAUUGGCCACUGUGCACGGUCUAUUGUACAAUUUACGCUCCGUUGCACACCCCAGAGUAUCGAAACAUACAAGGUUUCGGCAAGAAAUAUCGUACAAAUAGUGAAAAUCUAAAUUUUUGGCAAAAAUAAUACUAGCACGAAGUGGUUACGAGUUCAGUGAAUAAACCUGAAAAUGUAUUUUUCUAAUCUAUUUCAUCCAUUAUCUAGUAAUGGUCAAGGAGAUUACAGACUAGGAGUUUUGGAUCAUUUCUCUAAAUCAUUACGUAUGAUGGUUAAUUGGUUGUGUUAAGGACAUGGCACUGCCUUUCAUAACCCUGGCAUUGCCCCAAUGCAAAGUUACAUAAGUGAACACACUUCAAUGCCAUUUUUUAUCGUGCACGUUUUAUUUCUUUGUGUGCACCCAGGUUUUGUGAACACUGUUGGGCAAUCUGUCUACUGUGUAUGUGUGUGAACCAGUACACGGUAGCCUUUUAUUGCAAAACAUGGAAAAGUAAAACAACGAAGAUAUGAGAAAACAAUAAAGCUUUGACCAGAAACAACAAACACAAAAUACACCAGCACGACACAAUUUACAAGUGUGUAGCGUAUGUUUUCCAAAGAUUGUCAUUUAAUUAAAAUCCAAUCUGUACAUUUCUAGUAAUAAAUAAAAAUUAAAACUAUGACUCA